AUGGGAAGGUUUCCGAUGGUGAUAGUGCUGUUGUUGUUGGGAGCGGUUUCGUUGGUGAACGGUGGAAGCAACGCAACAAGCACCAAAAGUGAAGUGGGUAGUGUGACAUAUUUGGACGUACUGAGAAGGAUAACGAAUCUGCGGGGUGAUGAUAUUCGAAACAAUCUACGCUCGCUGCGUCAACUUGCCAUAAAGCAUGGGCUGAUCAAGAGAAGUGAUGUGAGCGAACCCGAGCCCAGGGACAGCGCAGAAGAGCAAUCGUCGGAAGGGGAAGAAUCUUCGCUGGAAUCAGAACCGGGUCAGGAUUUAAUGGCCAUUGCUGAAGGUCGUAAGAAGGGCGGUGGAGGAGGGAGCAACAACAACAUUGUAGUGGCGGGUGGUGGUGGCGGACACGACGAUGGUUCGUACUCGAUCAGCAUCGAGGACGGCGGCAACAAGAAGGGCAAAAAGGGUAAAAAAGGCAAGAAGCAUCGUAAGCACAAGCGAAAGGGUUGGAAAAAGCACAUGAAGAAAGCGGUCCCGAUCGGGAUGGGUAUACUCGCGCUGAAAGCUUUACUGCUGCACUUCAUUCUGAAAAAGCUCGUGCUAGCAACGGCUCUGUCGUUGCUGUUGAGUAAAAAAUCGCUGCUCGUGUCGUCAUUGAUUGCGUUGAAGCUGUUGUUACAGCAACCGCAUAGCAAUGAUAAGAGCGAAAGCAGCAAGCUUGAGGUGGUCCACAUUCCGAUCCGCAAGGAGGCCGGUUUCCACAAGAAGCACCAGCAGCAGCAGGUACCAUCGGGCAAGAUGAAGCUGCCACCGAUCGGCACAUCAGCACCAAGCACGACCAAAGCGCCGGCUCCGAGUUUGUCACUGUACGAUCCGUACGCUGGCUCUUCACAGCAUCAGAUCCAGCACACGCACCAACAGAUGGCUGACUUUGGUGGCAAGUAUAUUCCGCUCGGUUACGAAAGCAAUCAUUUCCACUUCGACGCUACACCGUCGGUACCGGCUACGUUCGGCGAUGGGCUAAACUCGGUGCAGAACGUGGAACAGUUCUUUGACGAUGCGGACGAGCUGCAGUUUGAUCGGCAGGAUAAUGGGUGGGAUGGUUGGAGCGGAUGGAAUCGGGGCGAGCGGUUUGAGCAGACGGGAGCAUCGGCACCGGCCAGCGGUGUUGUGACGGGUGGUAAUGGAGGUGGUGCGGGUGACGACGGUUCUUAUGGUGGGUGGGGUGGUACCGGGUACGGUACAGCUCCAGAGCAGCCGACAAGCAGUAGCUACGGGCCGCUCAAUCGUAGCCGGUAUGACGAGGUAUUUAAUGGUUACCGGCAGGUUACGCAGGCCAAUAACCUGCCUCGAAUGCAGCAGCUCAUGGGUAGGAGAAAGCGAAAGUUCUAG